CUCUAUAAAGCGUUUUUAAUUCGUAAUUCGUCUUUUGUUUCGAUUGUGCUCGCAGUUUUUGUAAAGCUUUUAAUUUUUCUUAACAUUUUAAUUUAAAAAUAAGAUACCAUGGAUCCCCCUGGGCCAUCUCGUAAUCCGCACUCGCAACCGCCGCCACCCUUUCUGCCACAAUUCACACAACCACCUCCCCCGAUCCCACGGCCGUACAAUCAACCACCCCAACCAAUGCGCUAUCCACAAGGGUUUGAGGACAGUUACGUUGCAGAUAAUGCCGGCGGGCCAUCACAUCAGCUGUCAUUUAUUCCACCACCUGAUCCAAUGUUUGCGCAACCACCACCACAAAUAAUGCUACCACCACCAGCAAUGCACUUCUCGGUGCCACCCCCUCCGAUUACCAUGGAUCCAACGACAGUCGAACCACUGAUGCAACAGCUAACCUUGGAUAGCCAAAAGAAACAGGAACCCAAAAAGCCAAAACCAUACGUGUCCCACUUCUACGAUAUUAACAAUGGGGAUCUUCCGGUUUUCGGAGUUGUUGUUAUGUGGGAGAGGCAGCGAAACUUCAAGCGACCCCCGCAAGGAUUGUUAAAAGAGCUAGAAGCUUUACGAGCAGAGGAAAGUACGAAAAAACCUCUACCAAAACUGCCAAAUGUUCCGAGAGAGAAAGGAGAACUGUCGUAUACUCUGAAGCGCAAACCACUGCCUUACCUCCGCAGACUUGGUCCUCAGAAAGCGACCGUAUAUUUCGCGGACAUGUUCCAGGCUAACAGCUUUGUCCAAUCUAAACAGGGGCGCGAUUUCUACGCUUUCAUCCCUCUCAGUUACGUUACAGUUGUAGCUGCGUUCAUGGCCAACCGAAAGGAAAUCAACUUUCUAGAGUUCCAGAAGUUCUGCAAAGAACAUCCCACUAUCAUGCAUUGGCGCAAAAAACUACGCGAAGACAAAAAAGUUCUUGUAACUCUGGCCUACCGGGGUACCAAACUACCAGAGAAAUUAGUAUUCAAUGGGCAGGAGUACAAGUUGGAUUUCCACGUGCCACCACCGGUACUCUGCGAGCGUUGUUUGCGAUACGGUCACCGGAAAACCGAUUGCAUGAAGAAGCCUCGCUGUGGUGUUUGUGUUCGUACGAAACCCUUCCUGAAACACAUGCAGGUAAGAUGCACUUCUCGGUUCAAAGUUAUACAGGAUCGUUGUUUCUACUGUCUCGAGGAUCAUGACGUGGGAAAACCAGAGUGUUCCGAACAAAAGGCACAGCGCUUGUUCAAACAGCAGCUUGUCAAAAGAAAAAUGGACUUCCUAACAGUACUGGAGAACGAUAUUAUCAAAGGCUUGCGUGCUACUCGGAUAAAUUCGGUGGCCCUGUGGAUGGACCCACAAAAUGAUGAGAAAAAUGAGGAACAAUUUUACUCUGUUGCUUCUUAGCUUUAUUGCUAGAGCAAUUGGCAUUAUAAUUGCAUUUAUUUUUUUAAAUACUUUUGAUUUAUCAUUAUGCAUGUACAACCUCUCGUGAAAAAUCUGCAAUAUAUCAAAUUGGGUUGACCUUCUAAUUUUCAAAUCUGUUAUUAUGUUCUGAUAUGAAUAGUUUAUGACCAACCGAACCAAAACCAUUUUAUUUUAUAAGUACCAGUUUAUUAAAGAAUAUUCAGAGGAUUCAAUAAAAAAUGGUAACCAUUC